AUGGCUAUUCGUCUUGUGCUUCAGUCCAUUGCAAAGGGCUCCAUCCUUGUUGACAACGCCGAGCGUUACGUCAGUGUCGCACGCGGUGUGGUCAUUUAUGUCGCCUUUCUCCGCGAGGUGGAUGAGGCCGCGCUGCANCCGGCCAUCACGUCCAUUUUGGGGGCGAAACUCUUCCAGAACGCCUCACCUGGGAGCGUGCCGCCUUUUCCUAUUGUGUCACUAAGCGAGUGCCAGGAGGCUGAUAUUCUUGUCGUGCCGCAGGCUUCACUUGGUGGGAAGCUCAAGGGGCGAAGCAUUCAGUUCCACGCGUUGGUGAAUAAGUCACAAGGAGAACUGCUCUACAACCGCUUCUGUGAACUCCUUCGUGAAGCGCGAGGUAUCGACAUGACUACUGUUGAUGCAAACGGGGCGCCGUUAGAUGAGACGGUGCACCUUGACGAGUUGUGCAGUGCGGGUCGCGUCGUCAGCGGCACGUAUGGCAAUCGGCAGGGCCUGAAGAUCGAGUCGGAAGGACCUCUCACGCACACUUUGGACCUCUGA